ACGAUGAAUAGAAUUAAUUCUUGUGGUACGAAUUCAUCGAUGAUGGAUAAACAAUUUGAAAAACCACCACCAUUUAAAUUAUGCUUUUCCAAAGAUAGAUUACUUGGCAAAUCAAACAUACGUGUAUCGAAAAUCAAUGGUGAUUUAAUCACGCCAAAAUAUUAUUCGAAGUAUGAGAAUACGCCAGAGAAUUUUAAUGCGAUUGAUACGCAUGAAAGAAAUACAGAACAGAAGGAAAAUAAUUGCGAUUAUAGAAAAAGACCAGCUAUACUUACUAGUUAUGCAUACGGGUGGUGGUAUGAACAGGGAUUACGACCGAUUGAAUCUCAACUUGAUUUUCGUAAAAAAACAACAGACUUAAUAAAUUUUGGAAUAGACACUAAUAAUGCGGAAAAUCGAAAAUUUAGAAAUUUAAAGCAAUAA